GGACAACAGUAGAAAUACCCAGAGCGCUAAACCCCGGCUUAAGUCCGGCGGUGACACGAUCGGCUUUUCAAUUUCACCUGUCACUCUCCUGACGCCAACAACAACAUCAUCGACAACGACCACAUUUCCUCCAUCCUCCCAUCUCCGUCCAUCUACACGACCCUCAAAAUGACCGGUCCCAGAAAUCGCAAAGAACGACGAGCCGCCGCGGCGUCUUCCGCGGAUGACACCUUCGACCCGGCCUCGAUCCCCAUGGCCCAUCCUCCACGAGAAUCUAAGAAGAAACAGAAGAGCAAGACCCUGGUGGAUUUGAUUGCCGAGCGACAAAAAGAUCUCCUCGCCCAGGGGAUGAUGAUGCCCGAUGGGACAGGCGAGCAGGGCGCGCAACCUGGCACACGAUUUGUGACGAUCGAUCCGAGGUCAGGCAAGAUUGCGAAUUUCGAUGGGCCCACUGCCAACAUUCCCAACCCGGGCUUGGACUCAACACCGCGUGUACAGGAGAUUGAAUCCGAUGAGGAGGUGGAAGAUAAUGAAGACAAGGAGGAGGAGGAGGAGGAAGAUGAAGAAGACACCGACGACGCACCGCCCAUCCCACCGUUCAUCGAUACGCUCCUUCUCGCGAUCCCCCUGACUACGCUACACCUGACGUUGGCGUACCUCGCCGCCCAUCAGUACGCUGAGAGUAUCAACAUGGAGCAUCUUCUUAAAGAUUCCGGCUACGUGGCGUUCCCGAUCCUGACGUUCCUGAUCCAUUUGGCCCAUGGACAUAUCGUGUCGUUCGCUGUUCGCGCGGACCCCCGGGCCAGUCAGCCAGUAUCGCUUCUCCCUUUCACUCCGGACAAACGGUCCUUCUCGUUUCUGUGGCGUCUGGUCUUCCCGCCGUCAUUGCGCACGUUGAUUUUCCUACCGAUCGCCGUGGCCCUAGGGGUCAAGCUGGUGACCAUCACGAACGAGGAGGCCUACUAUGCCGUGAUGAAACGGGCGCCGGCUAUCGGGACAAUCUGGGUCUGGAGUAUUCUGGAGAUUCCGCUGGGGGCAGCACUCUUGGGUGCGCUGGGUCCGAUCGCCUGGGCCAUUUGGUGGAAGGGCUACGGCAUAAUUUGAGUCGAGACUGGAUGGAAUGCAAGCAGGUCGAGCGGCUUUCUGCGAACGCGGACCUGGGCCCAGGACGGCAUCAUGAAAGACCCUUGAGCAAAGGGACCUGGCUGGGAAGGAAAUCCGCUGGAGCU